CGACAUUUUUUGAACAGAUUAUUUUUGAAAACUUUCCUUUAAAAAACGGGUACUACACUGUUGUUGGCUUUAAUGAAGUUUGAGCAGCUCCAGGAUGUUCUUGCCAAUGUUUUUGUGUCUUAUUGCCGUUAAUUCUUUGCUGGCAAUGGAAAUAGAUAUACCAAACCCGCCACCAGAACAACAAGAUGCGGAAUGGGUACUGAUACCAGACGAAGAUGACCAUCUUCAUUUAGUGAAUGUUCAAUCGGCGUUAAAUGAACCGCAGCCAAAGUUCAAUGUAGAAAUCGGUGUUAUAUUUGAACUGUACACCAGAUACAAUCCGCACAUUGCGCAAAUUUUGCGACCAGAUGAUUUAGUUUCAUUAGCUAGCUCAAACUUCAGUCCUAAUCGUCCGACACGGUUUGUGUCUCAUGGUUGGAAUUCCAAGGGAGACUUAACCCACUCAUUUUCAAGAGCAUACUUUCAACAGGGUGAUAACGAUGUCAAUUUCAUUGCUAUUAAUUGGCAGGCUGGCUCCAAUACUAUUAACUAUAUCUCAGCCAGGAACCGUGUUAAUUUGGUGGGGCCUCAUGUUGCUCGUAUGGUUGACUAUUUGGUGGAAUUUGGUGGAAUGAAUUUGGAAGACGUAAUUUUAGUCGGCCACAGUCUCGGUGCCCAUGUCGUGGGAAUCGCAGGCAAAAAUGUUCGUAGUGGAUUAUUGCCAAAAAUAAUAGGUCUAGAUCCGGCCAAUCCAUUAUUCAAUUAUAGAAACCCAGCGACCAGAAUCGCUGUCGGAGAUGCAAUUGCAGUGGAAACGAUUCACACAAAUGCUGGUACAUUAGGCUUUUCGGCGCCCUUAGGUGAUGCUACUUUCUAUCCCAAUGGUGGUCGAAGUCAACCCGGCUGUGGAAUUGACUUAGCGGGAUCUUGUGCGCAUUCGCGAGCACAUGAAUUUUACGUUGAAAGUAUCAACACGCAAACACAUUUUUAUAGUUAUCCAUGUCAAUCGUAUGACGAAAUACGUCGAGGCAGAUGUACUGUAACUGGAGAACAACAUCGUAUGGGUGGUGAUCCUGGCAAUCAAGGAACUGCACAUGGAGUGUUUUUCCUCGAAACAGCUCGUCAAGCACCUUUUGCGUUGGGUCGUUCGUCUUAAUGGUUGUAAUAAAGAAAAGGGAAAACAAAUUCCCUUUUUUGACUCACUCAAAAUAAAGAUCUUCGUACUAAAUACACA